AUGUAUGGGUGCACGACAAUGAAAGCCUUACCAACGAUUGGGUGCCUCCUCGAGUUAACGAGCUACAACGAGAAACAACUCAGCGAAAGUGCGAAAAAUUGGGCAAGCGUUUUAAGUACACUAGACGUGAAUGGCCGCUCAGCCUUUCAUUAUAUUGCCACGACAUCAUCACCGAUCCCAGCAGAAAUCAAUUACAAUCUUUGCAGUACUCUUCGUUCCCACCCCAACAUCUUGUCCAUCAAAGAUAAAUUUGAAAAGCUGGCGCUUCAUUACGCUGUAGAAGCGGAAAAUUUGAAGCAAGUCAAGUGGUAUUUCCAAAAAGGUGUCGAAUUAAGUCUUCAGGACGUCGAUCGGCUGCUUUCAAUCAACGUAUCGCGUAUAAUGGAGAAGCUCAUUUUACGCGAGCUAGAAGCACUGGACAUUGGGAAUCGCUUCCAAAGUGUGAAUGAGCGGAACGAUAGUUGCGACCCUAGCAUAAGUACUUUUGCUCUAGCUAAGUUGCAACUAAUAUUAGAUGAUCAAGCUGGAUAUCUGCAUCAACUUCCACUCCACCGGGCCACAGAAUCUGGAAAUUUUCGUGCCGUGGAACUUUUGCUUGAAGACGGAGCAGAUCCUAAUUAUUGUGCAGACAUGAGCUCUGCCAAUCAUUUAGCUAUUGCUCACCUUCUCGUCAAUUCGACGAUGGUUGUGAAUAUCAAUGCUAGGUCACUGAAAGGAAGAUCACCACUUCACGUCGCUGUUCUCGCGCGAAAGCGCAAAAAUUGUAAAGCUCAGGCGCCCAAUCGAUUGUCAUUCGUAACUUUUCUAUAUGAUUGCAAAGCUGACUUAAAUCUCAAAGACUAUCAUAAAGCGACACCAUUACUCUUGGCUUGUCGUGGAGGUGACGUUGAUGUAACUCGCUUUCUCUUGCGUUCUGGGUGUGAUGCAACGUUAUCUGGAGAUAAGAACUGGAAUCCGUUGCAUAUUGCAGUAACUCAAGGACAUUCCAGUAUGGUUCAAUUUCUGCUGUCGUGGGACCCUGACUCGCGACUUCGGAUCAACUCCCCCGAUAUCCAGGGAAUAAAACCUUUAUAUGCUCUGAACAAGGACAAUGUUCGAGCUAUGCUUAAAGUAAUACGUUUUCAGCCAUAUCUUUGGACCUUUCAAGCUCACUACGCUGUCACAUUUCAGAAUCUUUGGAUAGAAUCGUAUAAUGGUAAUGACACUUACGUGAGGAAGCUGCUAUUGUCAAGUCCCCACUCUUCUGACCAAUGGGUCGUAUCAAUCAACGAGAAAACAGUUCAAACAGAGCGAACCCCACUUCAUCUGGCAAUUCAAGGAUACGUGGAUGUGCUUCAAUCGCCAGAGCUUGCAAGACACCCCUCUUCAAUUACUCACCAAUGCGUUAAGCAACAAAGGAUAUCCGAGUUGAGAAUAACAGCAUCGAGUCGAUAUUUGAAAACGGCAAUCUUUUUACUACAAGCUGGAGCUAAUUUGUGCGCCACGGACAAGUGGGGGAUCACUUCACUAAUGCUUGCAGCUACAAUUAAGGUUUUCAUCGAUUCCCUUUUAAAUCAAGUAUCAGAAGAAAAGACGUUGCUUGUCAUCGACGUGAAUGGAAAUACCGCUCUACACUACAGUUAUGCCUUUUGCCAGGCGCAUGUCUGUUUGAUGCUAGAAGAUCUAAUGGAUAACCCAUAUAUUGAAAAUGAUUCCUCCGGAUCCCUCAGUGCCAGCUGGUCCAGCUCCAGAAUCAUGUGA